AUGGCCGCCAUGCAACGCGUAGACUCGGGGCACGAGUCGCCCAAAUCUGAGUUCCCAGCAGAACUCAUCGGCCGGAAAGUCCUCCUCGCGACAGAAUCUCUCGGCCCCGUCAACGGUGUUAGUCGCACAACGCAGAGUCUGGUCGAUUACCUUCGCGAUCAUGGCGUGCAUGUGGCAACGUGUGCGCCGUACUACAAGGGUCAGCACAUCAACCAGGAUUCAAAGCCUGAUCGACAGCCCAUCGUUAACAAAGAAUGGGUCAGGUCGAUGGAAGCAAAGUCUGCAGCUCUUGGUGCGCGGGCUAUCGGUGGUGCGUGGAACUGGCAUAACGAUCGCCUGGACCAAGAUAAGGAGACGGAGCCACUGCUUCAGCAACAGCAUCGGCCGAAGCUUUUCAAUCGAACACGCAGCGAAGAUGCAAAGCGGAAGAUUGAGCAGUCGCGCUUGAGCCGUAUCAAUCCAGAGUAUCGUCUGCAAGGUCAGGCACUGCCUUACAACCCUGAUCUGACCGUCGCAUUCCCCUUUCGACUUGGUAAAGUCUACGACAGAACGUUUAAACCCGACGUUAUCUACCUCGCAAGUCCUGCGUCAGUCGGGUUCCAAUUUCUGGUUCAGCUACGACAGCUCGAUCAGCCGCCACCCACUCUGCUCAACUUCCAGACAGAUCUUGCAGCAUACGCAUCGAUCCUCUUCGCCCAGCCGCUCGACAGAUACGGCGUGUGGCUACUGAAGAUCGUCCAAGGCUUCCUCUUCCAAGCAGCAGCCGUACACACAAUCUUCUAUCCGUCGGCAUACGUACGAAAGUACAUGGAAGACUGCGGUGCACCAUCCGAGAAGAUGAUCCAGCUUGGCCGUGGCGUAGACACCGAACUCUUCAACCCAAUCCGGCGGGAAGAAGCAUACCGCCAAGAAAUCGCAACCGACGGCGAGAUCAUCUUCUGCUGCAUAUCCCGCAUUGCGCCCGAGAAAGGCUUCGAGUUCUUGGCUCAAGCGGCAGAAAAGCUCAAGGUCAGUGGACUCAAGUUCAAGCUUCUGAUCGUUGGUGGCAACAAGAAUCCAGCUGUGGAGAAGGAGGUCCGCGAUUACUUCAAGAACGUCAAGGACCAGACUGUUUUUACUGGCAUGCUGCGUGGUACUGCGUUAGCCCGUGCGUAUGCUGCCGCUGAUGUUUUCUUGCACUGUUCAAUCACGGAAACCUUCGGUCUGGUCGUGCUGGAGUCGAUGGCGUCUGGUGUUCCGGUCAUUGCUCGCGCGGAAGGUGGUCCAGCCGAGACUGUCAAGCACGGUAUCUCUGGCUACUUGACUGAACCAGACGAUAUGGACCUGUUUGUUGAGUACGCCAAGCAUCUCGCCACCGACCAUGAACUUCGAGGAGAGAUGGUUUGCAACGCCCGCGAGCAAGCGCUCAACACAACCUGGGACAAGAUCAACAACCAAGUGGCGAUACAGCUGGCGACUGCACUGCGCGAGCAGCCUCCGUUGUCUGCGGAGCAAAAGGCCAAGGACGGGUACUAUCGUACGUGGAAGAAUAUGUUUGGCGUAUACCUGGCAGUCGGUGUUGUGUGGUUCUUUUGGCUUAUCGCGGUGAUACCCCUGAUGCUGUGCGGCUGGGUUCAUGGCCUUUUCAAGUGA